AUGAUAGGCAAAGAAUAAGUUGAUAUUAUUGAUUAAUAUGCUUAAAACAUAGUUAAUUAUGUAGACAACUAAUAAAAGAGUAUGUUUAUAUAAUAUAAUUACAAGUCAUUUAAUUGAAAACUUAAACUAUUUAGAAAUUGAAUGAGGUUACUAUUGUACAUUAUUAAAAAAAUUUGGAUAAAAUUAAUCAAAUAAGAGAAGAAUUUGAAGAAACCAAAAAUAUUUGUAAGUUAUAUAAUAUUUUAUCAAGAAUGCAGAGAAUAAAUUAGAUGAGAAUAUUUAGAAAAUUAAUUAAAUAUAGAAUUCUAUUGAAGGUAUGGAAUCAUCAGUUGAUCAUUUGGAUACUAUUUUGAAAAGGGUUGAAACUAAAUUAACAGAAUUAGAAAAGUUAAAGUAAUGA